AUGUCAACACCGGCUUUUAUGGCCGCUCUCCGCCGUUUCGUCGCCCGCCGUGGAAAGAUGAAGGAAAUCCACAGCGACAACGGCACCGCCUUCAAGGGCGCAGCAAACGAACUGCACAGACUCUACCCCAUGUUAAAAUCCAACCAAACCGAACGAAAGCAGAUCCUCGACUGGUGUGCAGAGAACGAGAUUAUCUGGCGUUUCAUCCCUCCGCGAGCACCACACUUUGGAGGGCUGUGGGAAGCAGCCGUUAAAUCAGCUAAGCAUCACCUGUUACGUGAAAUCGGCAAUGUAAACGUUGGCUACGAGGACAUGUGCACUUUAUUGGCCCAAAUUGAAAUGUGCCUGAAUUCGAGGCCCCUGGUUCCAAUUCCAACCGAUCCUUCAGACCUGGAAGUCUUAACUCCAGGACAUUUCCUGAUUGGAGCCAGUUUCCAAGCCGUUCCGGAAAACAACUUGUGCGACAUUCCGGAUAAUCGUCUGACGCACUUUGAGCUCGCUCAGAAGCGAUUCCAACGAAUCUGGUCCAGAUGGGCACCAGAAUACCUCCAGCAACUCCAGUCACGCGUUACAAGGUCCAAGCCACCAGUAACCAUCAAACCAGGUGCCGUCGUGGUAAUCAAAGACGACAAUCUACCACCAAUACAAUGGCCGCUCGGAAGGAUCACUAAGGUUCAUCCAGGCAAAGACGGAGUGGUACGUGUCGUCACCCUGAAGACUGCAUCAUCCGAAGCAAUCGUCAGACCUGUGGCGAAGAUUGCGCUAUUACCAACAGCAGAAAAUCAUCAUCCGGAUCCUGAAAAAUGA